AUGUCUUCCUCAACAAAUACCCCUAUCCCAAUACCUAGUUCGUCCGCAUCACAAAAGCUCAGCUCACCUUCAACACAGACAACCGAUAAAGAUAACGAACUGAAGGCCUGGCUAGCACUCAAUCCGAGUCGACCGUUUCCAAUUGACCGUCUUCCAGAGAUGCUGAUUCUUCACAUCUUCAGCUCACUCGACUUGCCCGACCUAGCAUCGAUAGCCGCGACGGGAGACGGCCUAUUGACGAGUCUGUCGAAGGACGCGGUGCUCCAUCGGACGAGGCUGCGCUCCGUAGGCCCGCAAUGCAUCUCGCCGCACCUCAAGCGUCGCCCGAACAUCCUCGAGCUGGCCAAGUCAGGCAAAAUGAAAGGCCUCAACCUGGAGUCGAAAAUCCAGCGCGGCUGUUAUCUCUCCUCGCCGAACUCGGUCCGACUGCUCGAGAACUCCCACAGGGUCGAGCGGCUGAUGAUCCGCGAGAAACUCAACAGACUCCUCAGCCGGCGGCCCUCCUCCAGAUCCAGCCUCCUGCCCCUCAACCUCAUCGACAAAGAGCUCCUCUUCUGCUCCAACAUCCUCGCCCCCGUCCUCCGUCGUCUCAAGCGCCAACAAGCCAAGGAUCUCCUCGCUCGCAAACUCAGGUAUUCGGCUGCCGAGGUCGGCCACUUUACUCUCAGCCAGACUGGCCACUUCGGCACCCUCUUAAUCGAAGACUCUCCUCACACCAACAGAUAUCCAUCCAGCCCGUCAUCCCCUCUCUCAAUACAUGCUAGCUCUUAA